UUUUGUCCCCUUUCCACCACCCGUAGUCCUCUCGCCCAACGGGAGAGAGAGUCGUCCGUUGAAUAAAAUCCGCCAGAUUCCGUCUAUUUCCGACCGCGUCCCAGUGGUUGCUCUGCCAUGGCUGGUGCAAGAGCAACCAUUGCGUAAAUACAAUUUCAGUCGCUGGAAUUCUGCACUGUACACCGAAUAGCUGCAUCCAGCUGCAGUAUCAGCGCUCGAGCACAAGUGACUGCCGAUGAAAAGUGAAGAAAAAAAUAAAAUAAACUCUCGUCAGCAGCUCGAUUACGCGUCGAGGGAGGUUAAACAUGUCACUGAAAUUGCCAAGUUGUUGUUUUAGUGUUUGUGAGGGUGCAAGUGUUAACCAGGGUCUCCAGUAAAUUUUUCAUAUUUUUUUAUGGCCCACCCAGUCCCUGUGAACGUGCAAUUCCCCCCGAGACAUUAAAUGAUCUCCAAAGAUAUCGUCACGUCAAAUGUAGACGAGAAAUUCAGCUGCAUAAAUGACAAUAAGAGGGAAAAGUACUGAUAGAAUUCGACUGAUAGAUCUGAUCCCAAUGGAGGAAUUUAAAUAAGAGACAGUGGAACUGGGUUUCGUCCUUUUUAUACUGUUGGGACGAUUCUUGGGGAUGCCAGGACCGCCUGAGAGACCCCGGGCUCAACGGCUCACCGACAUCGAGCCGCAAGCAGCUAAGGGUCUAGGAUGUAAUAGAACCGAAGAAUUUGGAACUCCAGUGAGUUCAGGAAGCAAUAUGGGAAGUGUAGCGAGGUUUCCGAAACUCGAUGAGUGCGCCCACUUCCAUUACGAGCACGUUGAGCUCGAUGGACUCCAGGUGUCUGUCACAGAAGUGCCAAACGACGGAGGCUUCGCAGUUCGUGUCACCUCGGGUGACACCUGCUGGACCCUCCAAAGAUCCUACGAAAAUUUCGUAAUGUUCGAUAAACAGCUGCAUCGCUGCAUAUUCGAUAGAAAAUUCUCGUCACUGGUGAAACUCCCUGAGACGCAGACGGAUAAUACCCCUGAAUUGAUUACCACUUAUCUCGAAAGAUUUUCACAAUUGAAUCACGAAGGUCUCAAUUGUGGCCCAGUUUUAAAUUGGCUGCAACUCGACAAUCGAGGAAGGAGAAUUCUUGUUCCUGAGUCUGACUCGUGCCCUAUCAAUACACCAGCGGUUGCUGCGGCCUAUGCUGUGAGACCGUAUGCUGCACAGGCACAGGAUGAGAUCACUUUUCAGGUCGGUGACAUGAUAUCAGUAAUUGACAUGCCACCCCCCGGUGAGAGCACCUGGUGGCGAGGUAAGAAGGGCUUCGCGGUGGGCUUCUUUCCAGCCGAGUGCGUUGCUGUAAUUGGUGACAAAGUACCUCGUCACCUGACCGUCUCCACGACUGUUCGAUCGAGAUUGCCGGUGAAGCCAGUGCUGAGGAAGCACGGCAAGCUCAUAGCAUUCUUUCGAUCCUUCAUUCUAAAUCGUCCGUCGCGCAGACGACUCAAACAGUCUGGUAUUCUCAAAGAGAGAGUCUUCGGUUGUGAUCUUGGCGAGCACUUGUUAAACUCUGGACAAGAUGUGCCCGCUGUAUUGACCUGCUGUGCGGAAUUCAUAGAGACUCACGGUCUCGUCGAUGGAAUCUAUCGUCUGAGUGGUGUAACGUCCAAUAUCCAAAGACUGCGUCAUGCAUUCGACGAGGACAGGGUCCCAGCUCUGCACUCGGACGAGAGUAUUCUUCAGGAUAUUCAUUCUGUUGCUUCUCUCCUCAAGAUGUAUUUCAGAGAAUUGCCCAAUCCACUCUGCACCUACCAGCUUUAUUCCACUUUUGUCAGUGCUGUUCAAGCUGGCACUGAUGCUGAGAGACUGAGGAGAAUGAGGGACGCUGUUAGGAAGUUGCCACCUCCGCACUACAGAACCCUGGAGUACCUAAUGCGUCACCUGGUGCGUGUGGCAGCUCGUGGAGGUGAGACAGGGAUGACCCCCCGAAACGUAGCAAUAGUCUGGGCCCCAAACCUCCUGCGCUGCAAGGAGCUAGAGGUGGGCGGAGUGGCAGCCCUCCAGGGUGUCGGUGUCCAGGCAGUAGUGACCGAGUUCCUCGUCUGCUACGCCGAGUUGAUUUUCAGUGAGGGCCCAGUGGGUCGUCCCAAGUCCCUGGCCAUAACCACUCCCGCAAGACUCCUGAGCCUCGAGGAGGCGCGAAACAGAAAUCAUCGAACCGAGUCCGACUACAUCGAAGUGGGCGCUGGCUCAGCAGGUCUCCCUCUGCAUUACCACACAGUCAUUGAUCUCCCCAGGAAGCGCAACAACAGCUCGAAACGAUCGCCCUCACUGAACUGGCGGGCAAUAUUCGGAAGAGGAGGAUUCGGCGUCAGAGGAAAAACGAGACAAGUGAGGACUCCUCCACAGUCUGAGACAGUCCCAAGUUCCCUGAAUUCAUUGAGACGACUGAGACCAGUGAAAAGUGCUGAUAGUCUCGAUGGCGAGGACAGUCUGUGUCCCCUGAUGAUACCCCCAGCUAACAGACCAUGUGGCCACAGCAGAUCGGUCUCUCACGACUCUUACUUCGAUCACCUCGCAGACGCACCGGCCGGCUCUGCAUCGCCCCUGGACCUCUCAGAGAUUCAACUCAACUUUGAUCUGGAGGAACGUGAGAUGCGAAUGUUCUCGGAGGAGGAGAGCAUAGUGCCAUCGCUGGAGGCGUCUCCAAGGCGUCAACGAAACGACCCACCACCCUGUAUAUCAGUGACUGGGGGGUCAAAACGUAAACGUUCACGACUGGAAGAACGUCUCCACUGUGAUGUGGAACUGAGGUUCAUUGACAGCCAGAGUCCAGACCAGAUAAUGGUGGCUGCUGAUGUGCAUGGCAUGGAGACACCCUCACCUCUGAUAACCCCUGGCUACCUGCCACUGCUGUCUGAAGCCUCAACACCCAUCAGUCCUGGCCAGACACUUCAGCCAACUCCCAUUGCAAUAUCACCUGGUACGUCCAACAGUCCCAGUCCCAGUCCCAGGAUCAGCUUUCGAAGCUUCACCCUGCCUCUUGAUUUUGACGAGCCCUGUGGGGAUGAGGCGGAGAAGAGAGCCGAUGCCAAGUUAUCUGGGGACACUAGUCAAUGUAGCAUUAGGACGGAUAAUAUUAAUGUUAGGAAUACUCUGACAAUAACGUGUGGAGGCCCUGAUCAGGAUCGAGAGAUGUCUUGUGAUAAUUUUGACUGCAUUGGGGAGAGUGAGCUGCCGGGGGUGUCUGCCAUGAAUCUUCAGGAGGGUGAAGAUCUCCAAAAGCAAGCCUCUGAGGAAGACCCCGAAGAAGAAGAAGAAGAAGAAGAAGAAGAAGAAGAAGAAAGAGAAGACGAAAAAUCCUUAUGCACGAGUCGUGACUCUUUCCCCCCAAGUCAGGGUUUGACGUCAGUGGGGCCCUCAAUGCCUCAGCGAAACGAACCAACAGCGAGUACCCUCCCCUCGUCGAGUGCCACCGACCUCGACUCUCCAAUGUCCUGUGAGCAGACCCUCGAGGACCUCCCCGACUCUGGCUUCGUAAUCUGCGACAGCUCCGACAAGAUGUUCACAAACACUGACACCCAGCCCCUGGAAACCAACACCAAUAAUUCAGGUGAAUGGGUGAUGAUAGAGAGAACAACAGAAUCAGUGACAACACCAACAGGCAGUGAUCCCCUCGAGGGAACAGUAGCAGCAAUAGCCAUAGACCCACCACGACAGCGAUCAGUGUCCGACAACAUCUCCAGGACAUCCCUGGACUUGACAAUGUGUUCGACAGUGGCAACAGACACGUCCUGCGUGGGUCGAAGUGAGAUGACAGAGAGUCCGCUUCUCCACGAGCCUCAGGACGACAUCUCCUAUGACAUGACUGAGUGCAAGGAGCCUGUCUGCAUGUGCCAACUGACUAACGAGAGCAAGGAUAAUGCCGAGAGCCAAGCCCUCCAAGAGGAGGACAAGUACAAAGAUCAGAAGAAUGGGAACGACAGACCCCAGUGCGACAGCUACAAUCGACGUCUCGACAAUGACAACACGUAUUGCAACAACCUGAAUGAUUCCAGUGGGAAGAAUCCUGAGGUCAGCCUUGACGAGAAUAACCACGAGAGCAGCCCCUUCAAGCAGCAGGGAGUGUCCAAAGGAUAUUUACAAAAAACCCUGAAGAGAAACAUAAACAUGAGGAGUUCACCCAUGCAGAUGAGUGAGGAGGUUGUUAUUCCCUCUGAGAAUGCUGCAGAGGCCUGUGAUAUUGCUCACGAUCCAGAGGGUGCCUCUGAGAUAACCUCACGCGACUCCUCGUGCACAUUCUCCAACACUUCCUCCCCGAUUGAUGAGUCAGUGGUGCUGAGAGACACAGCAGCUAUUCUCCAGGAGUUGGCACUGCAGAGGCUGUCAGGAGGCGUUGGCAGUGAAACCCCCAUUCAGAAGGAGAAGUACGAGGUGGGAGUGAUGCGCCAUCAGUCCAGUUAUCACUCUGACGUGGGGAGGGAGGGUAUCAGGGAGAGAAGAAUGAGGUACGAGGAGUCCUCCAGGGGAAAGUCCGACGAGACCACCAGUAAUAAUCAGUAUCUGCCUCCUUGCUUGAGGGCUAGGCAUGCUCGUGCCACCAGGGCUGCUCUCAGUCGCUCUCUGGACGAGGGAAAGUUCAACAGAAUGACUGAAGAGUCUUCUAGGGUCAAACAGGUGUUUGAUAGAGCCGAUUAUCAGCACAAUUCUACUCCAAAUGUGGGCGGUGAUCUUUCCAUGUCUUCCUCGCAGAGCAAUGAGAAACUCCAGCUGAAAAAUCUUGGACUGGAUCUGGGAGAUCCCAGGUGCAGGGAGAGAAUCGAGAAGUACAAGGAGGAGAGGAGGAUUUUCCUCAGGGAUAAAUACAGGAGCGAGAGCUUCAGGGGGGCUUCGAGAGAUGAGACUGGGGAACAGGCGCUACUUGCUAGGCUCAAACAACGGGCUUCCAGACCCUCUUUACAUUGACUUCGUUGAGGUGAUAGAUCUUUGAAAUUUUUUUUUUUUUUU